AUGGCUUCUUCAGCCAGUUAUAAGAACGACGAUGGGCCUCCAGGUCCUGAAUCACCUUACAUUUAUGGGCUCUAUAAACACCUCACCGAAGAUCUUAGGAAAGCAUACCAAAUCAAGGAUACCAUUACGGGCAGAUACUUCUAUCCUCGAGACCAGGCUGAUGGAAAUGGCGAUGUGUCAGAUACACCAAGACCUCUUAGACCAGGAGAGCUCGCUGAAUGGAUAUUAUUAGACGGUACACCGGCAACCUGUGCGAACAUUGGUCUACAUAAUCUCUACAAGGGGCAGAUCGACUUGUUGGCGUGUAUGCGUCAGAUCUCCGGCCCGAAUCUGGGCCGCAACACAUCUGCCGCUUUCGCACUUUCCUCGGGUACGAUUGGCGCCGCCCUUUCUUCUUCACUCUCCCAGAUUCGUUCUAUUGCUCUCUCCUACGGCACUGUCAUCCAUCCGACCCCAGAGAGUUUCUUUGAUCCCGCACACCGCCUCUCAGCACGCAUCAUGAAACACCUCUAUGACAAUUGGGGAGCUGACCCUGGAGGAAUCCGCUCUGGAGAAAUAGAUCUUUACAACGUGAAUGUGCCGAUGGUUGAAGGCCUUCUCGCUUCCGAAGACCUGCCUAUCUAUUGGACUAAGAUCUGGAGGAACACUUAUGGACGACUAUUCAAGACCAUAUCACAGACAAAUGCUUCGGCUCGUGAGGGCGCUGUAUCAGGUGCUGGGCCGGAUGGCUCGGUGAAGAGUUCAACACCCAUAUUGUCGUCACUGCUACCAAAAUCUGACGACGCGCUCGACCAAGUAGGGCAUCUGAUGUUCAAAUUUUCCCCUGAUAUGGGCGGCCUCAUCAAUCCAGCGGAGAGUACGCUUCCAGACGGAUCGGAUGGUUGGGCAAUGUUGAAGGGUUGGGUGAGCGUCACGCCAAUGAGGGCGAGUUUUGCGGAGCCAGACUCCGCGCAUGGAAUUGAAGCAGACGUACCUUCACAGGAUAGGGUUUGGAAAAUGAAGCUGUAA